UGGUGAGUGGAGGCUAAAACCCGAAAAGAUCAACCCAACCAACCCCCUUUGUCUAAUCUAAUCUCCCAGGAGGAAUUUCAUGUCCAUCUCGCCCUCCCAUAGCGACAAUCAUACAGCUUCCUCUUCUUCUUCUCCAAACCCUAACUCUAAUCAUGGAUCCAAAUCCAAACAACAGCAGCAGCAACCCGACAACUUCUCAGGAAACAUGGCUACCACUGCAUCUACUUCUGGUGGAUCCUCCAAAAAGGUGAACUACUCCGGUAGCAGUCGAGAAAGUUCACGACAUCAUAACAGUGAUAGAAUCUCACUGCACGGACAAAGAAAAUCAGCUAGGACCAAUGAUCCUUCCAGCGGAAGAGACCAGUUUGGCUCCAACAGUCCCCAAGGAGUUGUUACCCGCUCAGCUCCAAGAAGAACCCAGAUGGUUAGUGGAAACCACUUGCUCAAUUUUCAGUAUGAUCCCAUUUCUCGUCCACAAUCUAGGUUGCCUCCUCCUUGGAGAUACGUCAAGAGGAAGCCUUACAACAAAGACUUGUUUCUUCAAGCAAAUUACAAGUUUGUUCUGUUGGAUUCAGGCAAUUACACUCCUGACUCGAUGGAUCCAGACAAAAUGUUACACUGGGAGGAUAUUCUUUGUGUAAGAUAUUCCACUCCAUUUCAUGUGCAAUGCCCCAUAUGCUUAGAGGAUCCUCUUUGUCCUCAGAUAACUUCGUGUGGUCAUAUCUUCUGUUUUCCCUGUGUUAUGCAAUAUUUUAUGAUCUCCGAAGAAGAUGACCAUAAAGAUGAUUUCAAGAAGAAAUGCCCUUUGUGUUUUAUGAUGAUAUCUUCACAGGAUUUGUACACCAUUCAAAUUGAGAACGUUAAACAACAUCGUGUCAGUGAUGUUAUUGAAUUUUUCCUCUUAACCCGUCACAAGGAUUCAUUUACUUUAUCUUUGAAAAAUAAUGAUGGCAUUGUUGGUGGAAAGGAGGUUCAAAAGUUGUUUUCUAAAUUCAUAUUUACGUCCGAUGUUGACCUUUCUGUUCGAGAGGCAAUGUCUGAUCUUGAUAGUUGGUUAGCUAGAGCAGACUCAGGCUUAGUUGAUGACUUGGAGAAACUUCCCUUUGUCUGUGCUGCAAUGGAACAAUUGGAGCAGAGGAAGGCGUACUGGAAUAGGCAACAUAUUACUGUUCAAAAUAGCAAAUCUGACACAGAUAAUCGUUUGGAGAAGUGCUCUUAUAGUUCUCAGCCAACAGAAAGUGUUCAGGCCCAUUCUGCUGGACAAUCUACUCAUGUAAUGCCAUCCAGUAAUCCAACUGAUAAGCUAAUAUUGCAGGAUAAGGCAACUCUCAAUAAGGUAGUGAGGGACUCUCAGCUUAUUCAAGCUGCAGAUGUUGAAUCAAUUGUAGAACGUGUUGGAUCUUCAUUGUUCCUAUAUGGCAAUGACAAGAGCCUACAGAAAGACACAAGUGGCAUUACUGAUAGAGAAGAGAUCAGUUCCUACAGUUUCUACCAGGCAGUUGAUGGUCAGCACCUUAUCCUCCAUCCACUGAACAUGAAGUGCCUUCUGCAUUACUACGGUGGCUAUGGUAGUCUUCCUAACAGAAUCAGUGGAAAGAUUUUACAGAUGGAGUCCGUGACGCAGUCGGAGGCCAUGAGAAGGCGCUACCGCUUCCUAAGUCAUUUUUCUUUGACAACAACAUUUCAGCUUUGUGAAAUUGAUCUCAGCAAGAUAAUGCCCAUGGAUGCACUUUCUCCGUUUAUGGAGGAAAUCAGAAGUAGGGAAAAACAAAGGAAGUGGCUAGCUAGGAAGGAACGGCGUGAACAAGUUAAAGCUGAAGCCAUUGGCAUGAACUUAGAGCCUUUGCCUUUUAGCUUUUCAGAACCUUCUUUCAUAGAACAACCUACUUUCACUAGCGAUGACUUCGAAGCUUUGGGAAGUACGAGUGUAACUGUAACAUCAUCAAGCUCCCCUGUGCCUGGAGGCAGGCAACUGUUCUCCAAUGUUGCAAGGCUUGGUUUUGCUGCUGGAUGUGAUCCUCCAGCGCUGAAAAUGGAUGAGUCUGCACGUGAUUCUUCUGUUGCAGCUGGAACGAGUCGUCCUGGAAUCCUGUCCUUUGCAAAUGUAACCUCCAAAGCAAAAGCUGUUGAAGGUCCCAAUGCUUCUAAGACAAAUGAUGCAGGGAAGAGGGGGAAGAAGCCAAAUCGGAUCCUAAUGUCAACUUCUGGUGGUAGACGUUACUGAAUUUUGAAGGGAUGUGAUAAGGAAAUCUGUCUGUAUAUUUAAGAGAUGUUUUGCCUUUUAUUAGGAACUGAGAUUUGUUAGU